GCCCCCGGCCCGCCCAGCUAGCCCCGCGCCGCGACUCUCUCGGAGCAGCGAUGGGCAACACGGUGCACCGGACCCUGCCAGAUUCUAGCCCUCCUGCACGCCUCCUGGCCACCCGGCCUUGCUACGGCCCGGGCCCGGAGAGGCGAGCCGUCCUGGGCGAGGCGCCGCGCUUCCAUGCGCAGGCCAAGGGCAAGAACGUGCGUCUGGACGGCCAUUCGCGCAGGGCCACGCGGCGGAACAGCUUCUGCAACGGUGUCACCUUCACGCAGCGGCCCAUUCGCCUGUACGAGCAGGUGAGGCUGCGCCUGGUGGCCGUGCGUCCUGGCUGGAGCGGCGCGCUGCGCUUCGGCUUCACUGCGCACGACCCAUCGCUCAUGAGCGCACAGGAUAUUCCGAAGUACGCCUGCCCGGACCUGGUCACACGGCCUGGAUACUGGGCCAAGGCGCUGCCCGAGAACCUGGCGCUGCGGGACACGGUGCUGGCCUACUGGGCCGAUCGCCAUGGUCGCGUCUUCUAUAGUGUCAACGAUGGCGAGCCCGUGCUGUUCCACUGUGGCGUGGCCGUGGGAGGCCCACUCUGGGCACUCAUCGACGUCUAUGGCAUCACGGACGAGGUGCAGCUGCUGGAAAGCACCUUCGCAGACACGCUGACCCCCCUGCGCCUGGGCCAGGCCCGCCUCAGCGCCUGCCCCCCUCCCGGCAGCCACGACGCUGCCAACUUCGACAACAACGAGCUGGAGAACAACCAGGUGGUGGCCAAGCUGGGUCACCUGGCUCUCGGCCGUCCUGAUGCCGCUGUCCCGUGUGUGGCCCGCGAACGCGCGAGGCCCGCCUCAUCGCCUGCGCUGCUGGAUGCCGAGCUGCGCUUCCAUGCUACGCGUGGCCCCGAUGUGAGCCUGUCCGCCGACCGCAGGCUAGCCUGUGCUCCCCGCCCCGAUGGCGGACGCACGCUCGUGUUCUCCGAGCGGCCGCUGCGACCAGGGGAGAGCCUGUGCGUGGAAGUGGGGCGCCCGGGGCUGGCGGCGCCCACGGCUGUGGCCUUCGGCAUCACGUCCUGCGACCCUGGCGCGCUGCGGCCAUCUGAGCUGCCCGCCGAUCCCGCUGCACUGCUGGACCGCAAGGAAUACUGGGUGGUGGCGCGCGCCGGACCGGUGCCCAGCGGAGGCGACGCGCUCAGUUUCACGCUGCGACCCGGUGGCGACGUCCUGCUGGCGGUGAACGGGCGCCCCCGGGGACGCCUGCUGUGCGUGGACACCUCGCAGGCGCUCUGGGCCUUCUUCGCUGUGCGCGGCGGUGUGGCGGGCCAACUGCGGCUCCUGGGUACCCUACAGUCCAGUCCUGAGACCACAACACCAUCAGGGUCCUUCAGCGGCUCCCAGGAUGACAGCGAUUCAGACAUGACCUUCGGCAUCAACCAGUCGUCCUCAGCAUCAGAAUCGUCUCUGGUGACAGCCCCCAGCUCCCCACUGAGUCCCCCGGUGUCCCCAGCCUUCUCUGCACCGGAGCCGGCAGGCAGCAGGAAUGGAGAGUGCACAGUGUGCUUUGACAGCGAGGUGGACACAGUCAUCUACACGUGUGGACACAUGUGCCUGUGCCACAGCUGCGGCCUGCGGCUCCGAAGACAGGCACGGGCCUGCUGUCCCAUCUGCCGGCGGCCCAUCAAGGAUGUUAUCAAGAUCUAUAGGCCGUAG